UGCGCCCCAGAGACACAGACAAGGCCUGGAGGAGUCUGACAGAUAGACAAAAGGCACAGCGGGAGGAGACUGAGCUGAGACAGGCACGGGCAAAAGUCAGAAUUGAAGGUUGUCCAGACUGCUUCAGGGAGGACAGAGGAGAGCUGAAGACCCCUGGGAGUAGCUGUGUGUGAGAUCCAGGACUAAUUUUGGCCCUGCCUGUGGGUACCCCCUUUCCUGCUGCAGACAGUCUUUUUCCAGGCAGGGCUCAGACCCCUUGUGCCACCUGCUGUAGCCCCAGGCCCAUGUCCCCAUCAGCCCCAAGUCCCUUGCUGCUGUGGCUUCUUCCGCCGCUGCUAGCUGCCUUCCUGCCCCUGGUCUGGCUUGCUGGCCCUGCGCCCCCAGAGGAGGAGAUCCUGUUCCCCGAGGUACUCAACGGAAGCGUGUUGCCGGGUCGGGGCACCCCUGCUAAGCUGCUGUGCCGUCUGCCAGCCUUUGGGGAGAUGCUGCUGCUGGAGCUGGAGCAGGACCCAGGCGUGCGGGCCAAAGGACUGACGGUGCAGUACCUGGGCCAGGCGCCCACGCUGCUAGGCGGUGCCGAGCCUGGAACUUACCUCACUGGCACCAUCAACGGGGAUCGUGAGUCAGUGGCCUCCCUGCACUGGGAUGGGAAGGCCCUCCUCGGAGUGCUACAGUACCGGGGCGCCGAGCUGCACCUCCAACCUCUGGAAAGGGACGCCUCCAACUCGGCAGGAGGCCCUGGGGCUCAUGUCCUGCGCCGGAAGCGACCUGCCAGUGACCAAGGUCCCAUGUGCAGCGUCAAGGGACCCCCGGGGCACCUCAGCCCAGGACCCCGCAGGGCCAAGCGCUUUGCAUCCCUGAGCAGGUUCGUGGAGACCCUUGUGGUGGCCGAUGCCAAGAUGGCCGAGUUCCACGGGUUGGGCCUGAAGCGCUACCUGCUUACGGUGCUGGCAGCCACCGCCAAGGCCUUCACGCACCCGAGCAUCCGCAACCCUGUCAGCCUGGUGGUUACGCGCCUGGUGGUGCUGGGCCCGGGUGAGGGGCCGCAGGUGGGGCCCAGCGCCGCCCAGACUCUGCGCAGCUUCUGCGCCUGGCAGCAAGGGCUCAAUAGAGCCAAUGACUCGGACCCCGAGCACUUCGACACGGCCAUCCUGUUCACACGACAGGACCUGUGUGGGGCGUCCACCUGUGACACCCUGGGCAUGGCCGACGUGGGCACCGUGUGCGACCCGGCAAGGAGCUGUGCGGUGGUAGAGGACGAUGGGCUGCAGUCUGCCUUCACGGCCGCCCACGAGCUGGGCCACGUCUUCAACAUGCUACAUGACAACUCCAAGCCCUGUGUUGCGCUCAAUGGGCCCAAGGGCGCCUCCCGCCACGUUAUGGCCCCCGUGAUGGCACAUGUGGACCCUGAGGAGCUCUGGUCACCCUGCAGCGCUCGCUUUGUCACUGACUUCCUGGACAAUGGCUAUGGCCACUGCCUCCUGGACAAGCCGGAGGCGCCUCUGCACCUACCUGCCACCUUCCCUGGCAAGGACUACAGUGCAGACCGCCAGUGCCAGCUGACCUUCGGGCCUGACUCUCACCACUGUCCGCAGCUGCUUCCGCCCUGUGCUGCCCUCUGGUGCUCGGGAUACAUCAACGGGCAGGCCAUGUGCCAAACCAAGCAUUCACCCUGGGCUGAUGGCACCCCCUGUGGGCCUGCAAUGGCCUGCAUGGGCGGACAAUGCCUUCAGGGGCACCAGCUUCAGGACUUCAAUAUCCCACAGGCUGGGGGUUGGGGGUUCUGGGGCUCCUGGGGCGACUGUUCGAGGACCUGCGGGGGUGGCGUCCAAUUCUCCUCCCGGGAUUGCACAAGGCCGGUGCCCCGCAAUGGGGGCAAAUACUGUGAGGGUCGCCGCACCCGCUUCCGGUCCUGCCACACUCAGGACUGCCCCUCAGGCUCAGCCUUGACAUUCCGUGAGGAACAAUGUGCGGCCUACAACCUCCGCACCGAUCUCUUCAAGAACUUCCCAGGGCCCAUGGACUGGGUGCCCCGCUAUGCCGGGGUGGCACCUCGAGACCAGUGCAAGCUCACCUGCCAGGCUCAGGCCCUCGGCUACUACUAUGUGCUGCAGCCUCGGGUGAUGGACGGGACCCCCUGUUCCCCGGACACGUCGUCAGUGUGUGUCCAGGGCCGCUGUAUCCACGCGGGCUGUGACCGCAUCAUCGGCUCCAGGAAGAAGUUUGACAAGUGCAUGGUGUGUGGCGGUGACGGGUCGAGCUGCAGCAAGCACGCAGGCUCCUUCCGCAAGUUCAGGUCAGGCUACACGGAUGUGGUGACAUUGCCCGUGGGCGCCACCCACGUGCUGGUGCGGCUGCAGGGCAGCCCUGGACCCCAAAGUGUCUUCCUGGCCUUGAAGCGGCCUGAUGGCUCCUACGCGCUCAACGGUGACUCCACUCUGCAGCGGGGCCCCACCGAGGUGCCACUGCCGGGAGCCGUGAGGUUGCGCUACAGCGGGGCAACCGCAGCCCUGGAGACGCUGGCAGGCCGCGGUCCCCUGGUGCAGCCACUAACGCUGCAGGCACUGUUGGCCGGGGACCCCCGAGGCGCGCGCCUCCGCUAUAGCUUUUUCUCACCGCGCCUGCCCACUGAGCUUCCAAAGACCGAGCACCCCGACUGGCUGCAGCGCAAAGCGCAGAUUCUGGAGGCCCUUCGAAAGCGCCAGUGGCCCUGGACGCUGGCUGGAUAGUGAGCAUGGCUACCAGGCUACACCAGCUCGCGGGCUGGACUCUGACGCCGGGUGUGUGGCAACCCCUGCAGAGAUGAGGAGGUCCCGGCAGGCUGGUUCUGCCCUGCUCACCCCCCUAACAGAGGCGCGGUUUGGACACUUGGCACCUGUCCUAAAGGGAGGUGGGCAGGCCCCGUAUUUAUUUCCUAUUUAUUCACCUGUAGUUUACAGCAGGGCAGGAGAGAGUUGGUCUGGUCUUGGGGACACAAGUCCAGCUCAGAGGCCUCAAGUAUCACUUGGGAAAAAUCCAGGGCAGUGAGCUAAAGUGGGGAGUCAGAGUACGUGAGAUAGUGUGUAUACUUACUGUAUGAAAGUGUCUUUGAGUAUAUGUAUAAGAUUGUGUGUACAUGGGAGCCGGAGUGAUAGCACAGCGGUAAG